CGUGCACACGUGUGCAUGCAUGUGUUGGUCGAUUAGUGAGUGCACACUGCGUGAUACUGCAGCAUUCACUGAUCAUUACCUACAGUAUCUUCUUGGCUGAGGACUGGUUGACACUCUGGACUUGUCAUGGAGUCGGGAAAGCAGCUAACAGGGACACUGGCUGUGGCUGUGUUCACAGCAGCUCUGGGCUCCCUGCAGUAUGGCUACAGUCUGGGUGUCAUCAAUGCACCUCAACAGGUCAUUCAGAAGCAUUAUGGACUAUCAUUGGGGGUGUGGUCAGAGAAGGCUGCUGCGCUGUCAGAAAACAGCACUAGCUCAGAGGCGGGUGCACAUCCUUCUGUGGUCAUGUAUUGGUCAUUGUCGGUGGCAAUCUUUUCCAUUGGUGGCAUGUUAUCCUCCUUCCUGGUGGGAUUUGUGGGAGACCUGAAAGGCAGGGUAAAGGGCAUGUUAAUGGUCAACUUUCUGGCUGUAGCUGCUGGACUUCUGAUGGGUCUUAGCCGGAUGUGGAAACCUCAUUUCAUGGUCAUUGCAGGCCGUGCUGUUAUGGGAUUUUACUGUGGGUUGUCAUCUGGGCUAGUGCCGAUGUACAUUGGAGAGAUUGCACCGAAGGCUUACAGAGGAGCUUUGGGGACAUUACACCAACUGGCUAUUGUAAUUGGCAUCCUACUCAGCCAGGUACUAGGUCUGGACUUCAUACUUGGUAAUGAUACUAUGUGGCCCAUCUUGCUUGGUCUGUCUGGAGCUCCGGCUUUGUUACAAUCCCUUAUGCUGCCUCUGUGCCCCGAGAGUCCACGCUACCUUUAUAUUGUAUUGGGCAAAGAACAAGAAGCUCGAACAAGUCUACAUCGGCUAAAGGGGGCAUAUGAUCCAACUUCUGAUCUGGAGGAGAUGAGGAAAGAGAAAGAGCAGGCAGACAAGGAGCCCAGAGUCUCUAUCCUUUCUUUGAUUGGCUCCUCUGUGUACAGGCAGCAGCUGUUUGUUGCGCUCAUGAUGCACCUCUCCCAACAGUUGUCUGGCAUCAAUGCUAUAUUUUAUUACUCUACAUCUAUCUUCGAACUGGCUGGUGUUGGACAACCAGUCUAUGCCACCAUAGGAGUGGGGGUCAUCAACACCAUCUUCACUAUGGUGUCUGUUGCACUAGUGGAUAAAGCUGGUAGGCGUACUCUUACCCUGGUUGGCCUGGGAGGGAUGUGCUGCUGUGCCAUUGCCAUGACAGUGGGCCUCAAAUUUCAGGAUUCCUACUCAUGGAUGACCUAUGUCAGUCUGUCGGGUGUCUUCCUUUUUGUGAGUUUCUUUGAAAUUGGUCCUGGUCCUAUUCCAUGGUUCAUAGUAGCCGAACUGUUCAGCCAAGGACCUCGACCAGCAGCCAUCGCUCUUGCUGGCUGCUGCAACUGGACCAGCAACUUCAUCAUAGGCAUGACAUUUCCAUAUAUACAGACAUGGUUGGGCAGUUAUGUGUUCAUCCUGUUUGCUGUGAUGCUUUUCGGCUUCACUGUGUUUACUUAUCUCCGGGUCCCUGAGACCAAGGGUAAAACCUUUGAGGAGAUUGCUGAGGUCUUCAAGAAGGGACAAAAAACUAAAAAGGCACAGAGCCCCAAAGAUGAAACUGAACUGCAGCAGCUCAAAACAUCCUCAGAUGCUUGAGACAAGAGUUGUGUGUUUGUGUAGUCUGUUUGUGUUUGUAUGUGUGCAUGGGUAUACACAUCAUUCAAUGUGGUGUUUGUUUCUAUGUUUAUGUAUGUUUGUUUUUUUAGUAUUACAGGAAUUACUUGGUGAAUUAAGGAUAGAAUAUAUAAAAAAACAACAUCAUGUUUCCAUUAAUAGCCACUCUAGCUGUGUGGCUCUAUGGGUGGCAAUGUUGAUUUUUGCAUUCAUGUUCUCCCCUUGUUUUCCCUCUAUUAACAUUGUCACUGUGAACAUAUCAAUGAACAUUCAAGCCUUUUGCAAAACAGUUCACACAAUGUUGAUUAAGCCCAUUGCCGCCAGAUAAAUCUAUCUGUAUUUCACAGUAUACACAUUUUUAAAUCUGGCGUCUGUGGCCACUGUCCUGUGUUGGCACACUGGGAAUUAUACAUUUUAUGUCAACCAGUAAGCCUGAUAACUUCUAACUAUUUAUCCUCAUUGCCAGAAGGGGAGACAAAAGUUCCUCACUGCAGGUAUAACAUCUCAGCCCAUGUUUAACAUCUAAGCCUAGACCACCUCACAAAAUCGCUAGUGUGGCUGCAGCCUCUUAAUCUUAUAUGGAGUAUUGUUUACAUUUCAAAUAGAAAUAAGGGGUGGGUUCUGAUGGCAUUGUAUUCUCUGCCAUCAUAAUAUAUUUUAUUGUAGUAUUUUAUCCUGCUGGUCAAUAAAUCAAUAGAUAAUAUUGUUAUCAGUGAGCCAAGAAAUUAAACAGUGUUCAUAUUCACAGAAACAUAAAGUGAUAUCAUUGAAAUAUUACUUUCAAUAAGGGUCAUUUGUGACAUUUGGGUACCUCAUCCUGAUAUUAUUUUUCUGUAAAAUGACCAUUUUCUGUCUUGAAAUACUGUAUAAUCAUUAAAGAUCCCUUCCAGGCAAACUCUGCUUGGAAUAAUGAUAUGUGUGUAAUGUGCCCAAUCCACAAUCAGGGAGAGCAGAUACCAAACAGGUGGUGACAAAACUUUAAUUGACACCAGAGGAAGUUUACAGUGUUUCCAAACAGGUCUAUGUAACCAAAGACAUGCAGCCUCCAGAAAAACAACAUUACUUACUGAAAACAAAUUACAAUAUGGCUGUGUCAGGUCCUCCCAGUACACUCUGCAACAGCCAUCAACUAACACACACAGGAAACUCACAACACUUGACAUACAGUAUUUUACAUCAUUACAAUGCAAUUUAGUAGAUAUCCUACCAUUAUUAAUCACUGUUCCAUUUGCAUUUUUGGCACAGCUGUUUUGUAAUGUGAUGGAAUAUAUAAAAAGGGAACUUUGAGAAAGAAAUGCUUGUCUGUUUCUUUUUAUACAAAGUAAAACUUUUGCCCACAUUUUAUAACUUUUUAAAAAAAAUGGGCAAACAGAUAAUGAAAAUACCAGUUUGAAAUCCAAAUAAUUUUUCUCAUAAAUGCAAGAUGGUGGACAGGUUUUGUGAUAUUACAAAAGGCUAAUCUUAAAUCUAUUAGCCAUUAUAGAUUUGUGCAAGGUAAAGUAACAGGCAGGUGAAAGCUGUGGAGAUGUAGUGUUUUCAUUUCUUUGUUUUUGCUUAAUGAUAUGUUUGACAUACAUACUUAUAACCACCAUAAAUCUUUGGUACAUAUUAGCCUAUAUAUAUAUUGUUAUUUUUUGUUAUUGUUUUUAUUUAUUAAUAUAAUCUUAACCUAACCAGACUGUAUAACAUCAUGUACUAUAUAUCCAUGAUAAAUAUAAUUCAAGUAAUUUAACCAAAUUCUAAGAAAUAGUGACUCAGUACUGAAUAAAUGGUCGAUAUAUUGUCCA